GUAAAUAUAUGUGAUUUUCAUCUUCGAAUAUUUAAAACUUAUUAUUACCACUAGAUUUCUGUCAGUUCAUAGGAAAAUUAUUAUAAGAUGGGUCCAAUAGUAAGAGUUCUCCAAGGAGACUUAAAAGGCACGGAAGGAAUAGAUUUUGAUGGAAAUAUUUUCUAUAAAUUCUUGGGAAUUCCUUUUGCGAAACCACCAAUUGGAAAUUUACGAUUUAAAGAUCCACUACCUGUAGAAUCAUGGAUAGGUAUACGAGAUGCUACUAAAGAAGGAGAUGCUUGUUACCAAAAAGACAGAAUUACCAAAGAACCCAUAGGUUCUGAAGACUGUCUGAACUUAAAUGUUUUUACGAGAAAAUUACCCGAAAGCGAUAUUUUCAAUCUUAAACCAGUAAUGGUAUGGAUACAUGGAGGAGCAUUUAUAGCAGGUUCCAAUACUCCCAGAAACCUUGGCCCAGAAUAUUUAAUGACAGAAGAUGUUGUGCUUGUUACUAUAAAUUAUCGAGUUGGGAUUUUAGGAUUUCUUAGAAUAAAAGAUGAAAGUUCUAAUAUAUCUGGUAAUAUGGCAUUUAAGGAUCAAGUUGAAGCUUUAAGAUGGAUAAAAAGUAAUAUUAGGCAAUUUAAUGGGGAUCCGGAUAAUGUUACUGUUUUUGGUGGGAGCGCCGGAUCUGCGUCUACUAGUCUGCUGGUUUUAUCACCUCUGGCAAAAGGUCUUUUUCAUGAAGCAAUAUGUCAAAGCGGUGCAGCAUUAUGUCAGUGGGUUGAUGAGGCAGACUAUAGUGCUGUACAUUUAGCGAGACAGUAUGAUCCUAACAUUUCUACAGAAAAAGAAGCUGCGGAGCUGUUUAUGAGUUUGCCCAUAGAGGAGUUAAAUAAUCUUCAAGAAAAAAUCCUCCAUGGAAGACUUAGUAUUAGAAUAGGUUUUAUGGGAUUAGUACUUGAACCUGAGGAUAGGAAAAAUGCUUUCAUGACAAAAAGACCAAUUGAUAUAAUUAUGUCUGGAGACUAUAAUAAAGUACCAAUUAUUCUUGGAUAUAAUAACAAAGAAGGAAUUCUUUUUUAUGCUGAAAGAAAAUCCAAUGGCCAAAAUAUGGACAAAAAUUUAUCUUUAGAAAUAUGCCUUCCCCAUAACCUGAGUUUGCAGAGAAACAAUCCUGCUACAUCAAGUUUGUUAGAAAAGCUAUCAGAUGUUUACUUUAGUGGUCCAGAUGUUCGUGAAAAUAAUAUUUCGUUGCUGUCCGACGCGAUGUUUACUAUAGGAAUUUUAGGAACAGCUAAGAAUCAUGCCCUAACAUCUCCGUUUCCAGUAUAUCUUUAUAAGAUGUCGCUGGAUACCAAACUAAAUAAAACAAAAAUUGCAUUAAAAUUAGAAAGUAUACCUGGUUGCUCUCAUGGAGAUGAUAGCGGAUACUUAUUCAAAAACCAAGCGGCUUUAGAAAUCGAUCCUGGCAGCGUAGAAGAAUUAAGCAUGCGUCGAGUGGUGAAACUCUGGACCAAUUUCGCUAAAUAUGGCAACCCAACUCCAAAUGAAAAAGAGUUUGGUGUUAAGUGGAAACCAGUUAUGGCAAGACAGUUAAAUGUGCUUAAUAUUGAUAAAGAGUUUCAGAUGGAAAUUAAUCCUGAACAAGUAAAAUUAGAUGUUUGGAGGGAGGUAUACAGGCAGUCCCCUAAUUUAAACAAGUAUUUAUAAUGUAUUUAGAUCAGGUGUUAAUUGAAGCAUUAUCUUAUUUUAAAUAGACAUAAUAUAUAAAAAUGUUA